CUUCAGGCAGGAUGGGUCUCUACCGCAUCCGCGUGUCCACCGGCUCCUCGCUGUGCGCGGGCUCCCAAAACCAGGUGCAGCUGUGGCUCGUGGGCCAGCACGGGGAAGCGGAGAUCCAGAAGCGCCUGCGGCCGGCGCGGGGCCAGGAGACGGAAUUCAAGGUGGACGUGGAGGAGCACCUGGGGCCGCUGCUGUUCGUGAAACUGCAGAAAUGGCACUUCCUUCAGGACGACGCCUGGUUCUGCAACUGGAUCUCCGUUCAGGGCCCCGGGGCUAGCGGGGAAGAGUUCACGUUCCCGUGCUACCGCUGGGUGGAAGGCAGUGGCAUCCUGAGCCUCCCCGAGGGCACCGGCCGGACGGUGGUGGACGACCAUCAAGGCUUGUUCAAGGACUACAGGGAAAAGGAGCUGGAAAAGAAGAGGAAGCUGUACCGGUGGGAUAACUGGAAGGAUGGAUUAAUCCUGAAUGUCGCUGGGGCCACGAUCUCUGACCUCCCUGCAGAUGAGCGAUUUCUGGAAGAUAAGAGAAUUGAUUUUGAGGCUUCGCUGGCAAAGGGGCUGGCAGACCUAGCCAUCAAAGACUCUUUAAAUGUCUUCACUUGCUGGAAUGAUCUGGAUGACUUCAACCGAAUUUUCUGGUGUGACCAGAGCAAGUUGGCUAAGAAGGUGCGGGACUCCUGGAAGGAAGACGCCUUGUUUGGGUACCAGUUUCUCAACGGUGCUAACCCCAUGAUACUGAGGCGCUCCAGGCAGCUGCCGGCACGCCUGAAGUUCCCUCCGGGGAUGGAGGAGCUGCAGAUCCAGCUGGAGCAGGAGCUCCAGGGAGGCAGGCUGUUCGAGGCAGACUUCGCGCUGCUGGACGGGAUCAAGGCCAAUGUCAUCUUGUGCAGCCAGCAGUACCUGGCCGCCCCUCUGGUCAUGCUGAAACUGCAGCCUGAUGGGAAACUCUUGCCCAUGGUCAUCCAGCUCCAGCUGCCACGUGUGGGAUGCCCUCCACCACUGCUUUUCCUGCCCACGGAUCCCCCGAUGGUCUGGCUCCUGGCCAAGUGCUGGGUCCGUAGCUCUGACUUCCAGAUCCACGAGCUGCAGUCUCACCUUCUGCGGGGACACUUGAUGGCAGAGGUCAUCACCGUGGCCACCAUGAGGUGCCUUCCAUCCAUACACCCCAUCUUCAAGCUUCUCAUCCCCCAUCUGCGCUACACCUUGGAAAUUAACGUUCGGGCCAGGACGGGGCUCAUCUCUGACAAGGGCGUUUUUGACCAGGUGGUGAGCACAGGUGGCGGAGGCCAUGUGGAGCUGCUCCAGCGAGCCAGAGCCUUCCUAACCUACCGCUCCUUCUGUCCCCCUGACCUGGCCGACCGGGGGCUCCUGGGAGUCGAGUCUUCCUUCUAUGUGCAGGAUGCUCUGAGGCUUUGGGAAAUCCUCUACCGCUACGUGCAGGGCAUCGUGUAUCUCCACUACAAGACGAACGAGGCUGUGAGAGAUGAUCUGGAGCUGCAGACUUGGUGUCGAGAGAUCACUGAGGUCGGGUUGCGGGGGGCUCAGGACCAAGGGUUCCCCAACUCCUUACAGUCCCGCGACCAGAUGUGUCACUUUCUCACCAUGUGUAUAUUCACCUGUACUGGCCAGCACUCGUCCACCCACCUGGGCCAGCUGGACUGGUACACUUGGGUCCCUAACGCGCCCUGCACCAUGCGGCUGCCGCCUCCUACCACCAAGGACGUGACACUGGAGACAGUUAUGGCAACACUGCCCAACUUCCAUCAGGCCUCGCUGCAGAUGUCCAUCACCUGGCAGCUGGGCCGCCGCCAGCCUGUGAUGGUGGCUCUGGGCCAGCACCAGGAGGAGUAUUUUUCAGGCCCUGGACCCAAGGACGUGCUGAAGAGGUUUAGGGAGGAGCUGGCUGUUUUGGAGAAGGAAAUUGAGACCCGGAAUGCAAAGCUGGACAUGCCCUACCAGUACCUGCAGCCCAGCCUGGUGGAAAACAGUGUGGCCAUCUGAGUGCUGCCUUCUGCGGAGCCGCGCCCACCCCCAGCGCUUCCAGUCCCACCCCCGCAGCCCCAGCCCCCCCACCAAGGGUCACCUUUCCAUGUUCUGUGCCCUUGGCAGACACUUUUAUUCUAGACGGGCCCCCUAAGGGCCUCUUCCCGCUGCCUCCCUCAUCCUUUGGGUCUCCCUGGGGCAGGGAAGAGCCAGGUUCCAAGAGCAGGAGAGGAUGUCCCUACCUAUUGCUCCACACCUUUUAUGAGCCACAUACGAUUUUGAACCGAGUUUGAUUUAAUGGCAAUGAACAGAGAUUUUAGACAACAAAAGGAAAGAAGUUAGAGCAAACUGUUCUAAAGCAAAUAUUGGCCAGGGGCACCCGGGUGGGUCAGUCUGUUGAGUGUCUGCCUUGGGUUGGGGUCAUGAUCCCAGGGUCCUAGGAUCUAUCGAGUCCCAGGUUGGGCUUGCUGCUCAGAGGGGGCAUCUGCUUCCCCCUCUGCCUCUGCCUGUUGCUCCCCCUGCUUGUGCUCUCUGCCAUCUUUCAAAUAAAAAAAAUUAAAAAAUA